AUGGAGUCGAGCAUACGGCGCCUCUUUCGGGCUCGUCGCACUUGCUGUGAGAUACUGGAGGAUAGAGGCUAUUUGCUGCCUCCCCAGGAGAAGACCGAGGCUUUUAACGAGUUCGUUCAGCGCUUCAACGACAAUGAGCAAUCACGUUCUCGCAUGCUGUUGAUCGCAUCGCACAAAGUCGAUCCUGAGGCGAAGGUGAUUGUAUAUUUUGCGGACGAGAUCAAGAAGACAGGGGUCAAGCCUAUCAGGGAGCUGACGGAACGUAUGGAAGAACGAAAUAUCCACAGGGCGAUCCUCGUUACGCAAAACGUCCUCACGGCUUUUGCUAAAGAUGCCAUAGCCGAGGCGGCUCCCCGUCACAUCAUUGAGCACUUUAUGGAAUCGGAGUUGCUUGUGAAGGAAGUGCAGCUCCCAAGGAUCCAAGUAGCCGACCCGAUUUCUCGGUACUUUGGUCUUUCGAGAGGGCAGGUGGUUAAGAUCAUUAGGCCCUCCGAAACUGCUGGCCGUUAUGUUACUUAUCGGUUGGUGGUCUGA